AUGGCUGCGCCGACAGGGAACCAGGGCUGGGCCCAAUUGCGCCAACAAGCUCGAAGCUUAGAGUCCCAGACGGAGACGCUGUUUCAUACAUACUCACAAUUCUCUACCGUUCCUAAUAUACCGGCGAAGCCGACUAAGGAGGAACGAGAGACGGAAGCGAAAUUAGAGGAGAUACUCGAUAAGAGGGACAAUAUCGUCAACCAACUUACGCGUCUCCUAGACUCCGAAGCGAGCCUUACAUCCUCCGCCCUCAAGCAGAACAACCUCUCCCUACUCCGCGAGAAGCUCGCCGAGCACAGACGAGAUCUAGGACGGUUGCGGUCCGGCUUACAGGAAGCACGGAACCGCGCAAACCUACUCUCAAACGUCCGCGACGACAUCCAGACGUACCGAGCGAACAACCCCGAAGCCGCCGAGGCCGAGUACAUGUUAGACGAGCGCAACCGCAUCGACAACAGCCACAACAUGGUCGACAGCGUCCUCAGCCAAGCCUACGCCACCAACGAGAACUUCCUCGUGCAGCGGGAAACCCUGGCCAGCAUCAACCGGAGGAUCACUAUGGCCGCGAGCCAAGUCCCCGGUUUAAACACCCUGAUUGGCAAGAUCUCGGCGCGGAAGCGGCGAGAUAGCUUCAUCAUGGGCGGCUUCGUCGCGUUCUGCUUCGUGAUCUUUUGGUUUUUCUUGUAG